GUGCCCCGCGCGGGUUUUCUUUUCUUGAGUGAUACAUUAAGUAGACAUAUCUGGCAUUUGUGGUUAUUUUCACAUCGCAUUACACUGUACAUACAAACUCAACUGAGAUAGACCACAGCUUUAAGCAUCGAGAUCAGCCACCAGGAAAACUAUCAUCAAGAGUCGGAACCCAGCACCAGUCUAAAAGAGAAUUACUUAUUUCAAACAUCAAAUUUGCGCAGGAACUGGUUAUGGGAUUCUUCAGAUCUAAACGGGAGCCGGAAGGGCCAGUGCCAACGAUAGGUCUACAACUCGCAAGUCCACCUGAAGUAGUCUUCAAGCCAAACGACAACGUAUCAGGAACUGUCACUAUCGACACACCGAUUCCUGUCAACCCGUCAGCCGUCGAAGUAUCAUUUUGGGGAGAAUCGAAGACUUGGAUACGGACAAGCAGUAGCAAUAACAAUAGCUCUGGUACUACAUCCACAUCAUAUACACAUUACCGAGAUCAUGCGCCCCUAUUCACCGUCACCCUCAAUCUCCUGGAGAAACCGCAGCAACUUGUACCAGGCCAGACGUAUUCAUACCCUUUCAACUUCCGAGUGCCCGAAGGGACCGGCUUCAACCGCUCUGAUUGCUACAAGAACCCCAACGACGAACGCUGGGUUUCACUUCCGCACCAGCUCCCACCCACGUUCUUCUUCGGGACAUCACCCGAUUCUCCCGACAAUGCCUCAAUCUCCUACGGCGUGACAUCGCGCCUCAUCUGCAACGGCACUGGCUUUGGAAACAGCGCGACCCAGGAGAUCACCUUUCAGCCUCACAAUCCGCACAUCCAUCUCCUCGCCCCGAACGCACCCCUCUGCGUCGUCCCAUUCACCAAGCGCUUCACACUCCAGUCCUCCGUCCUGAGCGGCCAAGACCCAGCAUCGAUAGGCUUCCGGCAGCGCAUGCACGACCGCUUCUCGUCCGAGACCCCCAAACUCGACUUCGACCUGGGCAUCGAGAUCCCCGAUCUCCUGACCACUGGCUCCGAAUUCCGGUUCCGCGCCUCGCUCACCGCGAUCGAGCGGUCCGACAAGGUCGUCCAGAUCCCGGCCGUGCGGUUCAAAGUCGAGAAGCUCGAAUUGCUGGACUUCACGUUCUUCCGCGCGGCGCGCGACUGGGACUGCAUGGACAACAUGGCCGGCGACCCGUGGCCCGCGAAGUUCAAGAGGGCCAAAGUCAGCAGCGCGCGACGCAACCAGGAGUACACGAUCUACCGCGAGAAGAAGACGAAGCUGAACGCCAUUCCAUCCGAGCAAGUCGUCCAGCUACCCGAGAUCGAGGUCCUGAACGAGGAGAAGAAGACGAAUCAGACGAGGCAGGGGGACAGGUGCGAGCAUUGGUUCUCGGCGAGGAUCCCCGGGUUCACGCCCCCGAGUUUCCAGAGCUUUGCCGUCAGUCGGUCGUAUAGGGUGAAGGUGAGGAUUAGGGCCGAGGUGGGAGAUAAGAAGUUUGAUUAUGAGACGGAGUGCCAUGUGCGGCAGAUGGGGAGCAUUUAGAGAGCGUAACGAAUCUUUUACUUUCGUGGUGGUGGGAUUGCGGUUGCAUAGCGCUCGGCGAUAGGAUGGGCAUUGUGCAUGUUUCGACUGAUACCCAGAAGCAUAUUUAGUCUUUAGCAUAGCAUUUAGAUUUUGUAAUUCAUGAGU